AUGGAAAGCCUUAAGAUGGAGACGGAAAUGCUUUAUCCUGAGAUAACCGUAGAAGUGGGCAGAGUCACUUUUGGAGAGGAAAACAGGAAGAGGAUGACCAAUAGCUAUUUGAAAAGAACUGAGAAUUCUAGAAUCAUCCAAGCGACGUGUGCACUGUUAAAUUCCGGAGGGGGUGUGAUCAAAGCGGAGAUUGAGGAUAAGACUUACAGUUACCGAUGCCACGGCCUGGGACAUGAUCUGGAAACUUCUUUUCAGAAGCUCCUCCCUUCAGGCUCACAGAAAUACCUUGACUACGUGCAGCAGGGACACAAUCUUAUGAUUUUUGUGAAGUCAUGGAACCCAGAUGUUUUCAGCCUAAGGAUCUGCAGCUUGCGCUCCAAUUUAUAUCAGAGAGCUGUGACUUCCACCAUCAACUUGAGUGCCCACAGCGCCCUGGAGCUCCUCCGAGAAAAACAGUCUAGAACCCAGAGAGGAAGAUCAAAGAUGCAGGAGCUACAUUCUCAGAAAGCUCUGGAUAGAUACAUGCAGGAAGAGGAAGACAUGAGGAUGAGCGCCUCAGAAUUUGUUAAAAAGGAUAAGCUCGUGUAUAAGGAGAAACUCAACUUCACUGAGUCCACACACGUCGAGUUUAAAAGGUUCACCACCAAAAAGAUCAUUCCUCGGACUAAAGAAAUGCUGCCUCAUUAUGUCUCUGCAUUUGCCAACACCCACGGGGGAUACCUAAUUAUCGGGGUGGAUGAUAAGAGCAAAGAAGUGUUCGGCUGUCAGGGAGAAAAAGUGAACCCUGACUUACUAAAAAAAGAAAUAGAAAACUGCAUAGAAAAAUUGCCUACAUUCCACUUCUGCUGUGAGAAGCCAAAGGUGAACUUCACUACCAAAAUCUUAAAUGUAUACCAAAAAGAUGUCCUGUACGGUCAUGUCUGUGUGGUCCACGUGGAGCCCUUCUGCUGUGUAGUAUUCACAGAAGCCCCGGAUUCCUGGAUCAUCAGGGACAAUUCUGUCACAAGGCUGUCUGCUGAGCAGUGGGUAACCAUGAUGCUAGAUAUUCAACCAGAUCUUAGGCAGCUGUGCAAAGACUUUGAAUCUCAGCUGAGCCUGUCUAACAGCCCUCCUCAGAGCAGACCAGUGUACUCCAAGAAAGGUCUGGAACAUAAGAAGGAUCUCCAACAACUCUUAUUUCCAGUGACACCAGGAUGUCUGAAAUACACCCCUGAAUCGCUCCAGAAGGAACUGUUCUUGCAGAAUGAAGGUUUGGAGGAAUUAAUAAAUAGGCAAAUAGACCCAUUCUCCCAGGGAAUUUUAAUCCUUUCUACAAGCUGGGCUGUGGACCUGAACUUGGAAGAGAAGCAAGGAGUCAUCUGUGAUGCUCUGCUGAUAGCGCAGAACAAGCCGCCCAUUCUCUACACCGUCCUCAGGGAGCAAGACACAGAGGGGCAGUCCUAUUGCACUCACGUUGCGUUCACGCUGAAGCAGAAGUUGGUGAACGUGGGAGGCUACACUGGAAAUCUGUGUAUCACGACCAAGGUCCUCCACCUGAGUCUCGAGAGCAGUGCAGAAUCCUCGGCGGGUUCAGGCUCUGUGAUUGAUUACCCCAGUUCCUAUCACCUAGCAGACACUCAGCAAAUGGAAGCCUUGCUGCAGUCGCUUGUGAUCGUCUUGCUUGGCUUCCGGUCUCUCUUGAGUGACCAGCUCGGCUGUGAGGUUUUAAAUCUGCUCACAGCCAAGCAGUAUAAGAUCUUCUCAAAAAACCUGCGCAAGAACAAAGAGUUGUUUAUCCAUGGCUUACCUGGCUCAGGGAAGACGAUCAUGGCCAUAAAGAUCAUGGAGAAGAUCAGGAACACAUUUCACUGUAAGACAAAUGAAAUUCUCUACAUUUGUGAGAACAAGCCUUUGAAGAAUUUUAUCAGGGACAAAGAUAUCUGCCAGGCAGUGACCCGGAAGAGCUUCAUGAAAUAUGACUUUACACACAUUCAACACAUCAUCAUCGAUGAAGCUCAGAAUUUCCGCACUGAAGAUGGGAAUUGGUAUAGAAAGGCGAAAACCAUCACUCAGAGGGACACGGAUUGCCCAAGAAUUCUCUGGAUCUUUCUGGACUACUUUCAGACCAGCCACGUGGAGGACAUCGGCCUCCCUGCUCUCUCAGCCCAGUAUCCAAGGGAAGAGCUCACCAGAGUCGUACGCAACGCAGAUCAAAUAGCCAGAUACCUACAACGUGUAUUGCAGAGGGUCAGGAAAAAUCCUCCACGUAACAUCCCUCAUGAGCCCCUGAAGAUGUGUCUUGAAGCUAAAUGGGCUCGGGAUGUUCAGGGAACCUUAAGUAUUAAGAAGGACUUAACUCUGAAUGCAGUAGUGACGCAUGUGGCAGACACAUGCAAGCUUCUCUUUGAAAGGGGCUAUUCUCCCAAGGAUGUUGCUGUCCUUGUCAGCACCGCAAGAGAUGUGGAGAAAUACCACCAGGAGCUCUUGAAAGCAAUGAGGAAGAAAGGGAUAGUGUGUCUCACCAAUGCGAGUGACAUGGGGGGUGAUCACAUUGUGCUGGACAGUGUCCGAAGAUUCUCAGGUCUGGAAAGGAACAUUGUGUUUGGGAUCCAUCCAAGCGCCAUGAAGGCAGCUAUCUUAUACAACAUUCUUGCCUGUCUGGCAUCCAGAGCGAAUCAACAGCUACAUAUUCUGUGGCAGCGUGAUGUUUGA